GCGCAUCGAUUGACUUCAAUGGCAAAGACUCCUUCUUGUUCGUCUAAGUCACUAGGAGCUCCUCUUCUCGUACGUCCUACAUCAUAAGAUAAAUCUAGAAGCUCUCACUUCCAAGCUCCCCAAUUGGCUCAAUCGAGCUUUAAAGACCCUUUCCAGAACUCCACUUGUCUCUGCAUCCCUGACAGAAACAACGGCCCCGCCUCGCAAGCCGCCGAUGGACCCUUGUAGUAUCAGACAAUGUGAUUUCCUUUCCCUUGGUCGAUUCAUUGAUAAAGAAGACGAGGCCCCUUCUGUGAAUAGGUUUGAUUUUCUAGAUCAUUGCGUCUUGUAGGGGGCCCUCACUGAUUCAUUGUUCCGUUUGGUUGACUCUUAACCUGAGUUCGUGGUGUUUCUCUUGGUCACUUACACCAGUCUUCGCCCAGUCACUUAUAAGUCCGCUCAUUUAUCUACCCGCGGCUUUAUAACUUUGCAACAAACCCAAUUGCCGAUCAUGGACGUCGUCCUCGAGGUCGUCGAUACCUUUAUCGCCGAUUACGCAUACUCCUACUUUCACCCAAAGCCUCCAGCUCCUUAUGAUUUCCCAUCGCCCUCAAACUCGACAGAUACGUCGGCCAAGGCCUUCUCAACAUGGACUUACAAGCCGGCCACUCAAUUCAUCACGCUUGAGCCAGCAGAGGAGGCAUACAUGAGCGCUUGGGAUCGUGACAACCCUCUUCGACAAGCUCUGACUCUAUAUCUUAUCACUUGGAUCUUUGGGCUUCUCGUCUACUUCAUCGUCGCGACACUCUCAUACAUCUUCAUCUUCGACAAGCGAACAUUUGACCACCCUCGCUUCAUCAAGAACCAAGUCCGCCUUGAAAUCAUUGCAGCCAACAAGGCCAUGCCCGUCAUGGCCAUCAUCACAGCACCCUUCUUCCUCCUUGAAGUGCGCGGAUACGGCAAACUCUACGACACCACUGAAGAUGGACCCGGGCUCUGGUACAACUUCUUCCAGUUCCCGCUCUUCCUCCUCUUCACCGACUUCUGCAUCUACUGGGCUCAUCGCUGGCUUCACCACCGCCUGGUCUACAAGUACCUGCACAAGCUUCACCACAAGUGGAUCAUGCCCACGCCCUUUGCUAGCCAUGCUUUCCACCCUCUCGAUGGCUUCACCCAGUCAUUGCCAUACCACAUCUUCCCCUUUAUCUUCCCGCUCCAGAAGAUGGCAUAUGUGGCGCUCUUCGUAUUCGUGAACCUCUGGUCUGUCAUGAUUCACGAUGGCGAGUAUCUCACCAACAACCCCGUUGUCAACGGCGCUGCUUGCCACUCUCUCCACCACUCUCGCUUUGAGGUCAAUUACGGCCAGUUCUUCACUGGCUUUGACCGCAUGGGUGGCACAUAUCUCAUGCCUGAGCAGUGGAUGUUCGAGCGUAAUAUGAAGAUGUCAGAGGGUCGAUGGAAGAAGGAGAUUGAGAAGGUGGAUGAGCUUAUUGAAGAGAUCGAAGGUAAAGACAACCGCACAUACGGUUCGUCUAGCACCAAGAAGACCCAAUAGAUGUGCUUCUGGUCAGCCCAAGUCCAUUACCAAUUUCUGGCACACGGGAUUUGGUCAGUUUAUAGCAUUAGGACCAAAUCUUGGACAUGCUCAUCAGCAGAACAGGCACUUGCCGCUGAGCGUCAGUAAAUGACACUGCCACUUGACAAGAUUGCCCAUCCCCCGGCCUAGCGUCGGACAAUUCUUGUAUAUAGAUUUUGACCUUUGUAUGGGUAUACACUCACUCAUGGCGUUUGGCGGAGAUCACGAUGAGAUGAUGGAUUCAUCGAUUGCAUAUUUGGUACUAGCAGAUAAGGAAAGCACAAUAGCUGACUGGGCAGACAGAGUCUACUCAGUUGAUAAUAACCAUUUCGCAUCCCACCUAAACUCCUUGCCUCGCAGAUCAUAGAUGAGUGCAGGCCACUGAUAUCAAAUCCUUUAUUGAGCAACCCAACAAACGCUGUCGAAACAUAGAGGAAAAAGGAAAACGCAUGAAAAAUCAGGGAAACCAAAAAGACUUGAUAGGUAUAGGAAAUUGCAUCUGGUGUGCCAACGUAAAAAGUGUUUCGCAAGUCAAGCAAUCUAUCGCUUUGACGUGGUGUAGUUUCUGAAUGAUGUCGGAAGCAUCGAACUUUGUAGAGUAGGAAUAGUAAUAAUAAUUGGGAAGUCGAGUUCGUAGUCGAAUAUCGCCGUAAUGGGCUACGUUGCUCGUCGGGUACUUCGCAUGUUCACGCAACUCUUAUGAGAAACUCACGAACUUCGGAUCUCUCGGUAAUCCAUCAGCGCCAAUACCAUUGGCCUUGAAUCGGUUCUCCAUGUAGACCUUCCUCGCCUGGUCAAAGUUCAUCCUUCUCUUCUUCAUGAUAGCGAGAACCUCAGCCUUUGCCGCAUCGUCAAGACCAGCGCGCGAAUCGCCUGACUCGACAUUUCCAGAGAGAUCAAAUGUAUUGCUGGAAAGACCGGCCUCGAUAUCGCCGGCGAAACUGUUCGGGAGUCGCGAGUAGAUGUAGUCUGCGCCAGGGAGUCUGGGUCGCAGAUGUUGAACGUGGGGGAUCCAGUGGGCGCGGGUGAAGAAGAGAACUGUGCCGAGGACGAGGGCGAAGAAGGAGAUCGAGUAGAGAAGAUACGACAUGUUGGAUGAGUUUGUAUUAAAGAGAAAGAUGGUUGGUAGUGGACGUCGAUCGAUAAAUUUAUGUGCAACGCAACGAUACGUUCGGGUACAAAGGAGAGGAACGGCCAACUCGCAGGCGUAUAAAAGAGAAUAGAAUUUCAAAGUUGCAUGA